AUAUAAAUUGGGAACGGAUGGCCGACUCUCUCCGGACAAAGCAAGCCCGCUACGCAUCACUGUCACGACUUCGAAUUGUAUAGAUUACGGAGGACACACUUCUCUUCUCAGGCAGCAAAAUGGCCGCAAGCACUUUCACGAAGGAGCAGUCGCAGUUGGUGAUAGAAUCAUGGCAAAUGGUGAAGAAAGACUCGGCCACACAUUCAGUGACUUUUUUUGCCAAAAUUUUUGAAAUUGCGCCCGGAGCAAAAGCUCUUUUCUCUUUUCUGAAAGACUCGGACAUUCCUUUCGACAAGAAUCCAAAGCUGAAAGCUCAUGCGCUUACUGUUUUCAGGCUUACUGGGGAUAGUGCUUGUAUGCUCGGGGAGAAAGGAGCUAUCGAUGCUCUACAUCCAAAGUUGAAAGAGCUCGGAAAGAAGCACGUCGGUUACGGCGUCAUUGCUGCUCACUUCGAUGUUGUGAAAGCAGCUCUCCUCUCCACCAUCGAGUCGCUGCUACCAGAGGACUGGCCUGCCGAGAAGAAAGUGGCAACAUGUGGCGCUUGGUCACAAGCCUACGACGAGCUGGCCGGUGUGAUGAUUAACGAAAUGCAAGCCAUCAGGGACGCUGAGAAGGCUCCGGCCGCUGAGGAAGCUCCGGAGGCUCCGGCGGCUGAAUCUAAAGCACUUCCAUGAAAAGAAACUAGAAGAAAGCAAAUUCAGACUCCUUCCAUGCACUUCGAGGAGAAUAGAGUUACAGAAAAUGAAAAAAUAUUUAGCCAGAUGUACAGUACAGAGUUUGGGUGAGCAUAUACUGCGGGUACAAAACAUUUCUCAUGCAUGUCGUGCCAGAUCUAAUUUUCUUGAUCUGAUCCUUGUGAAUAAAACAAUUACCUUGAGUGAUUGAACUCC